GUUACCGAGGAGGACAGAACGCGUUGACGUCAGCACCGGAGGUUGCUAGUGGGUCAGCCAGCGAUGGAUCGACUGGGCUUGACUGACAGGGCAGGUGAAGAUGCGGGCGAGAUGGUGGCAUCUCGUGGUCAGCGUGGAGAAGGCGUCCUUGCGCAAGGGUCACCACACGUGGCGAUUCUGGAGGAGAUGGCUUCACCCGAGGAUCUACAGCGACGGGCAGAUGGGUGGCUGUCCGAACUGGAAGAAACACAACGACCCAUGCAACAGAUUGCCAGUCUGGGAGUCCUGUCUUCCGUGGCACGGGCCUGGCCGAUAGUGGGUUGGGGGGGAUCAGCCCUGGCUGCAUGGUUGGAGGACAGGUUCCAUCAGCUGGAGACUAUCCUUUGGCAGAUCCAAGAGGAUCCGGCUCUGGAGGCUUUCGUUGAUUGGCGACGGGCUGAUGAUUUGACCUUCGAUUGCCACACGAUCUACGAACAGGGAGUAGAUUACUACGCUGAGCUGAAAGAGAGGUUGGCUAGUGAAGCGUGGGGGGAGGCUGAUGUUUCCAAUCUUGUCAUCGCUCAUUCGGGGGAGUCUGCAUUACCAGCAAUGACAAUGUCAUCAUCAACAACAACAGCAGCUAAUACAACAGCGGCGGCUACUCCGGUGCUCAUCGGGGCGAUGUCAAUAAUUGCAUCAACGCAGCACUCGACAGCAACAACGAUUUCAACAACUUCGACGGCGCUCCUGAGCCCUUGCGCACCAGGGAGUGACAACAACUACAACAACACCAAUAACAACAACGAUACUGUCGGGGAUAACAACAACAACAACAACAAUAAUAACAACAACAUGGAUGUUGUGGCAAGUGCGACUGGGCUUUCCCUUUCCCCCCUCCUCCUCCCUCCCCUCUUGUAUUCCUUCUUUCGCUCCUCCGGUGCUGAUUGGGGGGAGGGCCGAGUGGAUCCGUUGAAUGGAUUGAUUGGUAAACUGGGAGGGGGUGUGGGGGAGCAAGGAGUAGGAUGGUGGCGCGAAGGAGUAGGAUAGGGUUGCAUGUGAUAGGCUAGCUUUACCGCAUCU